GUUCAGUGCUUGUAUUUUUCAAAAUAUAUUCACUUGGACAUACUUUUAUAAAAAAUCCAAAAGGUUCACCGUUCGAAAUUACAUAAAACGCAAGUUCUUUUUUUGUGUAGAUAAAUAAGAUUCGCUCUAUUUUGUGUCAGAAUGUUCGGUUAUCAGUCAGCGUUUGAAUCAAAAACCAAUCUUGCGCCUCAAAAAUGUUUAAAUGAUGGAAUCCAAGGUUUAGGAAACUCACUGGACAGACUGGAAAAUAAAUGCGUGAAAUUUUCAGUACAUGGAGCUCACCCUCUGGAGUCGAAAGAGAAAAACUAUUUAUCCGCGAAGCACGAGAUGAAUAUGAAUAUGCUAAGAAAUGUACAAGGUAUUCACGCGCCUCUACGAAUUUCCAUGGAAUUACGAGCCAAUAAGAAGGUUGGACGAUUGCCUUUCAUGGCUAGCAGUAAUCUGUCUUCGGACAUUAUCAUGGGUCGAGACGAUACCAUCGAUUUUAGUGAUAUUUUAUAUCCCGCUGACGUACAUGAGCAGCUCAAUCGACCUUACGUUGCUAUGGAACGUCUUUAAGUUACAUCCCUUUUUAUUUUAAUGGAAUUUCUAUUUUUCUAUCUUCGAUUUUAUAAACGAAUGUUCUAUGUACUUAUGUUAGCCAUUCAAUUCAAAAAAAAAAAAGUUGGGAUAAAAGGAAACGAAGUUUUUCGAACAGUAUCAUUAAAAAAUGUAUUAUA